GAGAGGGAGGAGAGUUGAGCUGAGCAGAGCACUCGAGAAAGAGACAAAGAGUUAGGGUUUUUGAUUCGCCUGAGAAGAUGCCGUGCUUGAACCUCUCAACCAACAUCAGCCUGGAUGGCGUCGACACCUCCUCCAUCCUCAAGGAGGCCACCUCCACCGUCGCCAAAAUCAUCGGCAAACCUGAAGCUUAUGUGAUGAUCGUGUUGAAGGGUUCCAUACCCAUGUCUUUUGGUGGGACUGAACAGCCAGCAGCCUAUGGUGAGCUGUUGUCCAUAGGGGGCCUGAACCCAGACAACAACAAGAAGCUUAGUGCUGCAAUCUCCGCCAUCCUUGAAACCAAAUUGUCUGUUCCCAAGUCACGAUUCUACCUGAAGUUCUAUGAAGCAAAGGCCCAUCAAAGUCAAGAAUAUGCACAGUGUCUACAUGCUUUACACCAGUACUAGCUAAUGGAUCUGAAGUCGGAUGGAAUGGAUCCACCUUCUAGAUUGUGUCACUUGUGCGCUCAUCCUGAAUCUGUUUUCAACUGGAUGCUUUUCCAUGGAAGCAGUGUCUCAUUUGAGUUGUAACUUGGUGCUGUAACAGCUAUGAUAGUGUGAUAUUAUGUACUUUGCUGUUAUCUUGUGGCACAGUAUUAUAUAUGUUCGACAAUACUUUAGUGCCUUUUGCUUAAUCCUUCCUCCAUCACCAAUAAAUAUACAUCUUCUUUAA